AUGGACCUUCACCGUGUGGCCUGGCUGUGCACCUUUUUCUGCUUUGUGCAGGUUUGGUCAUUGCCAACAAACUGCAAUCUUCAGAAAAACUUAAUGAAGAGGACCUAUACACUUCUGGAGACUGCGGGAGGGCUUUUCCCUAUGCAAUGCCUGGACGACCGCGUUUCUAUACCAUUCCCGCAAAAUGUGUUCGAGUAUAACGAGGAUCAGGUUACUGGUGUUGAAAAAGCUGUUUAUCAGACACUCCAGAACAUUGACGCAUUGUUUGAGAACUUCGGUGAUCCGGACCAGUGGGAUGCAGAGAAACUGGAUGACUUUAGAGGCAUCGUAUAUCGGCAGAUUAAAUACAGCACAUGCAUCAUGAACAAGACUGAAGUGGCUCAGGAUUUUCCCAGCAGAGAGGCUUCGCUCAAGGUUUACUUUGAGACAAUAUCCUCGACUCUGAAAGAAAAGAAUUCCAGUUACUGUGCUUGGGAAAUUGUGAGAAGUGAGAUUCUCCGCACCCUGGAGUUCAUACUAAAAAACAACUCGGACAUCAUGUUAUGAGUUUUUAUAGUACUUUAAAUGUUAUUUAUUUAUUUAUUUAUUUAUUUAUUGGAUGACUGACUGAUCGAUUCAGUGACUGAUUGAUUGUUGAGAUAAGUGCAUUCACUUUUUAAACCUGAUCAUUGUUAGAAACAACUGUUACAUUCACUUUUGACUUGCAUUACAGUUUUGUUACAUCGCCAUUUCCAUUCAGCACUGGACAGUUCGCAGCUUAAAAAAAAAAAAAAAAAACAUCUGAACCACACCACAGUAUUAAUUCAUUUGUAUGUUUUGUUACAUUUUUACAACGUUUUUGUAAUUAUUGAUUAAUAAAAAUGUUUUUCAUACAGUCAGCUGUAC